UAGACGUGGCGGGACGUCUGUGUCAUGGCGAGCUCCAUCUGAAGUGUGUUCCGUAUCCGCAGAACAGCGUGUGCUUCCCUCUCUUUGGGCUGAUAAUAGAGAAGAUGCCUUCUGCGUCCUGCGACAUACUACUGGAUGACAUAGAAGAUAUUGUGUCCCAGGGAGAUUUAAAGCCACAAGAUAGGCAUUCUGCACGAAAGCAUGUGGUUCCAAAGGCACGAAAGCGAAACACCCAAAAAUACUUGCAAGAGGAAAACAGUCCACCAAGUGAUAGCACCAUUCCAGGCAUACAGAAAAUUUGGUUGCGAACAUGGGGUUGUUCUCAUAAUAAUUCAGAUGGAGAAUAUAUGGCUGGACAACUGGCUGCUUAUGGAUAUGAAAUUACAGAAAAUGCAUCAGACGCAGAUUUAUGGCUCCUGAAUAGUUGUACUGUAAAAAACCCAGCUGAAGACCACUUUAGAAACUCAAUUAAAAAAGCUCAAGAGGAGAACAAGAAGAUAGUGCUAGCUGGAUGUGUUCCUCAAGCCCAGCCUCGGCAGGACUACCUUAAAGGACUGAGCAUCAUAGGGGUUCAACAGAUAGAUCGAGUCGUAGAAGUUGUGGAGGAAACGAUUAAAGGUCACUCUGUGAGACUGCUGGGUCAGAAAAAGGACAAUGGAAAGCGCCUCGGGGGGGCACGAUUGGAUUUGCCGAAGAUCAGGAAGAAUCCGCUGAUAGAAAUCAUUUCCAUCAAUACCGGGUGCCUCAAUGCUUGUACCUACUGCAAAACUAAACACGCCAGAGGAAAUUUGGCCAGUUACCCGAUAGAAGAACUAGUAGAAAGAGCCAAACAGUCUUUUCAAGAGGGCGUUUGUGAGAUAUGGUUGACCAGCGAAGACACGGGGGCUUACGGCAGAGACAUUGGCACCAAUCUCCCCGCACUGCUGUGGAAACUGGUUGAAGUGAUCCCUGAGGGAGCGAUGCUGAGGCUUGGCAUGACAAACCCACCCUAUAUUUUAGAGCAUCUGGAGGAAAUGGCAAAAAUCCUUAAUCAUCCCCGAGUCUACGCUUUCCUGCACAUCCCGGUCCAGUCUGCCUCUGACACUGUACUCAUGGAAAUGAAGAGAGAAUACUGCGUGGCUGACUUCAAAAGAGUCGUGGAUUUCCUGAAAGAGAAAGUUCCUGGAAUAACUCUGGCCACAGAUAUUAUCUGUGGUUUUCCUGGAGAAACAGAUCAAGAUUUUCAAGAAACAGUGAAGCUUGUGGAAGAGUACAGAUUUCCAAGCCUCUUUAUUAACCAGUUUUACCCAAGACCAGGAACUCCUGCUGCGAAAAUGGCACAAGUUCCAGCCCAAGUGAAAAAACAGAGAACGAAAGACCUUUCCCGGGUGUUCCAUUCUUAUAGUCCGUACGAUCACAAGAUUGGCGAAAGACAACAAGUGUUAGUGACCGAAGAGUCUUUUGAUUCCAAGUUUUACGUUGCCCACAAUCGAUUCUACGAGCAGGUCUUAGUGCCAAAGAACCCCACAUUCAUGGGGAAAAUGAUCGAAGUGGACAUUUACGAAUCAGGGAAACACUUCAUGAAAGGGCAGCCAGUAUCAGACGCCAAAGUAUACACGCCAUCCAUCAGCAAACCAUUAGCAAAGGGACAAGUCUCAGGUUUAACAGAGCCUGGAAAACGCAUUGUCAUCUGUUCUACCAACGGACCUUCUCUGCAUGGGACUAUUCCAGAUCCUGGGUGAGAUGAGGGAAAGUCACUUGUGUGUUGGCCCUCCUCGGUUUCUAGGAAGGGGCAAGGCCACACGCAUGAAGCCAAAGGGUUAGGACUUUCGAGGGAAAAUCAGGCCAGGCUUCCAUCACCGUUUGUGACUUCCUGUAUGUCAGGACUGAACGUGGCUUUACACUUCAUUACUGGUCAGCUUUUAAAGAUAACACCAGGCUCAGGGUCAAAAAGCCUUCUUCAGUCAGUGUGUCCUGAUAUUAGAAAUGUUUUUGCUGAUGACACAAGCCAAAAUAAAUUAAGCAGGAGGAGAACAGCUUGUCACACUUUUAUAGAGUAGAGAAGUGGGUAGAGGUUGUAACCAUGUCUCAGACUCGUUGAGCUCUUUGAGCACCGGUAAAGGUUCUGGAACUCUUGAAUGACAGAACCAGCAUACUUCCUCCAUGGAUGAAGCAUGACCUUGGGGUCUGACAGACCUGAGUUUGCAUCUGGACUUGCCAGUUUCCCCUAACUAUGCAACUGCCAAGCUUCCUUUCGUCUUCAUUUCAAUGGGAAGACUAAUGUCUCGCCUGUAGGGUCAUUGAAAGGAGUCCCUUUGGUAGUGUCUGUAAGCCACCUGAUACUGUUCCUGGGGCAUAGCAAUCAGCUUCCAAAGGGUCGUUUCCCCUUUCCCAUAAAUCUAGUUGCAUCUAGAAAGAGCAAACCCUGAAGAUGACCUGGUACUAAUCAUUGUCGUUGUGUUUCGUUGU